CCGCCCCCCCCCCCGCUGGUGUCGGCGGUGGAGGCGCCGGUGCGCUCGCCUCGCUCUCAGUCGGGCAGCAGCAGUCGUCGCCACUGCGCGUCGCUCGACGAGAUGUUGCAGCAGCAGCAGCCGCCGCAGCCUCUGACGGCCAACGGGGCCUCGAACGGCCGGGGCCUCGCCAUGAGCGGCCACCCCGUGAUGGCGCACCGAGCCCCACCGCCGCAGCGCUCCGACGAGCCGGCGGGCCUGCUGGAGAACGGCGCCGAGAACGGACACGAAGCCCGCCGGGACAUCGGCGACAUCCUGCAGCAGAUUAUGACCAUCACCGACCAAAGUCUGGACGAGGCGCAGGCUAAGAAACACGCACUCAACUGUCACAGAAUGAAGCCCGCCUUGUUCAGCGUGCUGUGCGAGAUUAAAGAAAAAACAGGCCUGUCCAUGAGGAACAACCAGGAAGAGGAGCCCCAGGACCCCCAGCUGGUGCGUCUGGACAACAUGCUGCUGGCCGAGGGCGUGGCCGGGCCCGAGAAGGGCGGCGGGGCGGCGGCGGCCGUGUCGGCGGCCACCAGCUCGGGCGGCAUGUCGCCCGACAGCUCCCUGGAGCACUCGGACUACAAGAGCAAGCUGAGCCAGAUACGCGGCAUCUACCACACCGAGCUGGAGAAAUACGAGCAGGCGUGCACAGAGUUCACCACCCACGUGAUGAACUUGCUGCGGGAGCAAUCACGCACACGUCCCGUUACACCGCGCGAGAUCGAGCGCAUGGUGGGCAUCAUCCACCGCAAGUUCAGCUCCAUCCAGACGCAACUCAAGCAGAGCACCUGCGAGGCCGUCAUGAUCCUCAGGUCACGCUUCCUGGACGCAAGGCGCAAGAGGCGCAACUUCAGCAAGCAGGCCACCGAGGUGCUCAACGAAUACUUCUACUCGCACCUCUCCAACCCGUACCCCAGCGAAGAAGCCAAAGAAGAACUCGCCAAACAGUGCGGGAUCACCGUCUCUCAGGUCUCCAACUGGUUCGGCAACAAGAGGAUCCGCUACAAGAAAAACAUCGGCAAGUUCCAGGAGGAGGCCAACCUGUACGCCAUGAAGAACGCUUUGGGGGCGCGACAGGGCGACGACUCGCCGCACACCCCCAACUCCACGGGGUCGGGCUCGUUCUCCGCCGACCUGUUCCUCGGGGUGCCGCCGGUCAACGGAGAGGCCGCCUACCAAAUGGGGGUGCAGGCCAACGGGAGCUGGCAGGCUCGAAGCUCGCCCCCGCUGGGCACCUCCCCCCACAGCGACCAGUCGGACAACUCGGACUGAUUCACCCCCCCCCCCCCCCCCCCCCCAAAAAAAAAAUGAACACUCGCCCCCUGCCGGACAAAAAGAUUGAGGCGCGACAAAGACAGAACGAAUGAUCUCGCACUCCCCACUCGGCUGUGCUUGUUUGACUUUUUCCCUUCUUGGCUUUUUUUUGGGUGCAUGCAGGGUGUGAUUUAAUUUGUAUGAUUACUAUUAGCAUCAGGGCUUGUCUUUUUCCACUGCGUGUGCGUGCGCGUGCGUGGCGGAUGAUUGCAUUACUGUUGUUUGAAGCACACUCGAAGAUCAACUAUCCAAUGCGCGUUUGCCGUUUCCCGACUCGACGGCUGAGGAGCGAGAAUGAGAGGCCAAUAGAGAAAAUCCAAAGACUGUAUGUUUGUUUCUCUCGCUUCUUUUUUGUUCCUGCUUUAUUCGUUUUCUCAAGAGGAGUGUGUGUGUGUGUGUGUCGUUUUUUUUCUUCCUGUACAGUGAAACACCUGUAUUCUCUCUACCUCUUUGACAAUAAAGACUCUGUAUUCACAAGCUCC